AUGGCGGCUGCGGUAGCGCCGACGGGAGCUGCAGCGGGUGCGAUGGCUGGCGUGGCUUCCUCGAAGGCUCGGCUUCCUAAGGCCUCCUCUUCAUCUCCUCCUCACCGGCUUCCCAGGCGGAAGAGCCGGCUCUGGGGCCCCACUGAGGUCCUGUGCAGCGGGUGUGGAAGGAGUUCCGUGACCACGGCGGGUCACCAUCAUGAGCUUCAGUGUGGACAUGCUUAUUGUGAAUUAUGCUUGUCAGUAACUGAAGAAUAUAGCACAGUUGUAUGUCCUGAUUGUGAGGCAGUUACAACUAUAAAUAGAAGACAAGGAUACUACCCUUUAGAUGGGUAUGUUGAAGAAGAUUCUUACGAAGAAAAGUUUCAGCCUAAAAAGAUAAGGAAUUGUUCUCAGGAUUUCAAGAAGACAGUUGGUCAGCAGAUUGUUGGUUUAGAAAAUCCGUCCAUUCUACACAGUCCUAUUCUGUACCCAUCGGCAGUUGUGACAGAAACUAAAACAACCCAAGAAAUCGAUGAAGCUUUGAAGAUAGCUGGUUAUAAUUUUGAGCAAUUAAAUGCCGCAGAAAAGAUGCUAGAAUGCCUAGAAAACCAAACAAAACAAGAAACAGAUUCUCUUCUAGAGGUUCUUGAGGAAAAAUUUCAUCAGCUUUUUACUUCACUCAAGUCGAGGAAAAGAAGUCUGUAUGAAGAAGUUGUAAGAAAUACAGAGGACUAUUUAGGUGAUAUCAUAAUGGCCAAAAAAUACAUUGAAGGGAAAAAAAUUGAUUUGGAUGCAGCUAUGAGAAUAGCAAAAGAAUUGAAAAUGGCACCUUCCCUAAGAACAUAUUGUGACUUGAAUCAGAUUAUCCGCACUUUGAAGUUGGCAUUUGAGAGUGAAUUGUCAAAAGUGAGUUCUCUGAAAUUCAGAAGCUCUCUCAGGUUGAAAAUGAAUUGUAAUGAAAUUAUUUGUAUGUUUAAAAAUAUGGGGAAGAUUGAAUUUGAAGAAACUUCAAAAUUUCGUUCUGAAGACAGUGAAAGUGCUGGACAGAAUGUUCAUAAGCAUACUAAUAAGAAGGAAUCUUCAAAUUGUGAUGCAUACCUGUCUGUAGAAAAUAAAAAGUUUGAAAUUGCUGCAACAGAUGAUGAGGAACAGCCCCUUGUGCAGCAUGAAACUGGUGAUUCACAUUUAGAAGUAAAGAGUACCCAGCACCAAGAUGAGAGAGUGUCUGUGUCCUCCCCUAAAACUGUUGCUGUUUUACCACAAAUGGGAUCUAGCCCUGAUGUGAUCAUAGAAGAAAUUAUUGAAGAGGAUCAAGAAACAUACUUCAUAGAGCAUAUUAUGGAGGUUCCUAGACAUCAAAAAAAGCCUUUGCAGAAAAAGUCGGUACCUUUUGGACUGAAAGCAGGUUCUCUGGAACUAGUUUUUGUGAGCCAUGUAAUACAUCCGUGCCACUUUUAUAUUCGGAAGUAUUCACAAAGAAAAAAUGCAACAGUAUUGGAAAAGAAGUUGAAUCAUUUUUGCAACAAGAGUCUGUACCUCAGUCCUUCAGAUAUUUUGGAGCUAGGUGCAAAGAUAUUUGUCAACAGUGUAGAAAAUGGAAUGUGGUGCCGUGGAACUAUCACUGAACUAAUUCCUAUUGAAAAUAAAAAUGUAGGAAAGCCCUGUGGUCCUACCAAAUGUCCAAUCCGUGAUGUUGCACUGAUGCAAGUUUUCAUGAUAGACUUUGGGAAUUCUGAAGUCUUAGCUGUUUCAGGGAUUGGUGAUGGCCACGUAGUUAGACCAGGACACAGUGCUCUACCACAUUUAGUGGUAAAUGAUCUAUGUAUGGUUAUAAGAAAGCCUGAUUCAUAUAUUGAAGGAAUGCUAGGAGAUUUCCAUCCAUUAGCAUUGUCAUGCGCAUUAAAGGAUGUUGUCCCACAAAAUUCGAAUGAAGGCUGGGGAGAAGAAGCUAAAAUGGAAUUUUUGAAAAUGGUAAACAACAAAGCUGUUCUAAUGAAAGUCUUUAGAGAAGAAGAUGGUGUGCUUAUUGUAGAUCUCAAGAAACCUCCGGCAAAUAAAAUAAGCAGUGAUAUGCCAGUAUCUCUUAGAGAUGCAUUAGUUUUUAUGGAAUUAGCAAGGUUUAGGUCACAGUUGCCCAGUGUUCCGCCUGAACAGCAUAUGACGUUAAGAUACCAUCCACCUGUAUUACCAAAGGAAUUGUCAAAUGUGUCAGUUGUGGUUUGUCAUAUAAAUAAUCCUUCUGAUUUUUAUCUUCAGUUGUUUGAGAUGAGGUGGAAACCAGAUCGCAGAGAGUUUAGAAACAAGCGACGAGAAAUGGAGGAACCUUUUGGGGAGGUUAAAAUUUUGGAAGACAAUGUACUAUCUGUCGAGCUAUUUGAUUCUAUCAGUGCUCCUGGAAUGAUACCAAACAGUGUUAAUAGCCAGCUAGUUAAAGAAGGUUUAGCGUCUUAUGAGUUAGGAUAUACCAUAAAUUGUCAAAAGUAUGAUGAAGUAUGGGAUCCUUCUCCUGAAGAAAUAAUUUCAGCUGAAACAAAUACCUCAGAUUCUUUGGUUACAAAAUUUUUGGAGGAUCAGGAUUUACACUUACUUCAUAACAAGGAAAUUCCUGUGCAGAUCUCUAAUGUUGUGUCUCCUGAGAAGAUUUAUGUGCAACAGCUGUCAACAGAAACCUUACUUAAUAGUUUACAGGAAAAGAUGGCAACAGCUUAUGAAAACUCAAAAUGUGAACCAGUUACAUGGGAAAUUAAUAUGUAUUGUGCUGUUCAGAGGACUGAGCUAAAGCAGUGGCGAAGGGGUCAGAUCAUCAAGAUAAUUUCCGCAACAUUGGUGGAGGUCAUGCUUUAUGACUUUGGUAUUAAAGUAACAGUAAAUGUUGACUGUCUAAGAAAACUUGAAGAAAAUCUGAAGACAACAAGAAGAUUAGCUUUAGAAUGUUCUCUUGUUGAUAUAAGUCCAACUGGUGGAAGUGACAAAUGGACAGCAACAGCUUGUGACUGUCUUUCAUUUUACCUCACUGGAGCUAUAGCAUCUAUAAUCAUUCAGGAAAACUACACAGCAUGGCCACUGCCUGUGAAAAUUUUAUGCAGAGAUGAAAAAGGACAAUGUAUUGAUAUUUCUAAUUAUCUGAUUAAAAAGGGUUUGGCUUUGAGGGAAAGAAGAGUUGACAAAAUUAAUAAAACUGAUUCAGCCUCUGAGAAGAGUCUUGACAUCCCUAUGGAACAAGAGAGUCUGGGAGUGGAUAAGUAUAGCACAUCUCAUUUUGAACCCAACAAAGUUAACGGUAUUAUCAGUGAACACAAGGGGCCUGCCAUAAAGAAGACAGUGCUUGACCCAAGAAUUGGAGGAUGUUACAAACCACCGGCUAUUCCUAACAUGAAAGUGUUUGAGGCAGUAGUAAGCUGCAUUGGUGAUGAUGGAACUAUAUACGUGGUACCAAAAUCAUCAGAACUUGAGCUCAGAAAUUUGAUGGAUGAAAUUCAAAGUAACUUUAAGUGUCUUGGUCUUUUGGAGCCAUAUUGCUGGAAAAAAGGAGAAGCUUGUGCAGUGAGGGGAUCAGAUACUGUGUGGUAUCGAGGUAAAGUUAUGGAAGUUGUUGGUGGAACUAUCAGGGUGCAAUAUUUAGACCAUGGGUAUACUGAGAAGAUCCCACAGUGUCAUCUUUACCCAAUUGUAUUAUAUGCCGAUAGACCCCAGUUUUGUAUUCCAUGUCAGUUGUAUAAUACCGUGCCUAUUGGAAAUUCCUGGCAGCCAGACGCAGUAGAACUCCUUCAAGAACUAUUACCAAAGAGAGAGGUGGAAAUUCAUAACAUGGAAUUACCCAAAAAUCCAUGGGGAAAAUUAUCUGUUCAUCUCUAUUUUGAUGGAAUGUCGCUUUCUUAUUUUAUGGCACAUCAUAAACAUUGUACAUUUGAAGGUUCUGAGGAAAUACUGAAAGAGAAGCCAAAGGAUCACAGUGAAAAGUAUGAAGAAGAAAAUUGGGAAAUAAAUUUUAAGGAAUUGCUUCAGUCUGAUACAGAGACUCCUGUCUUACCACCGUAUUUAUCGCCAACUCUCCCUCCUCCAGGAGAACUUUAUCCUGUCCAAGUGAAGCAUGUUGUUUCACCUAAUGAGGUAUAUAUCUGCCUUGAUCUAAGAGAAAACUUCAACCAUCAAAAUGACACAGUUGAUACUGAAGUUAGCUGGGAGUUUGAACCAAAGUGCCUAGAUGAAGUACUACAGAGCUGUAAUCAGAAUGUGGAUUCUCUCCCAUCAUUGACAGAUUUUAGAUCAGAAAUGCCUUGUCUUGCAGAAUAUAAUGAUGGUUUAUGGUAUCGAGCAAAGAUUCUUUCCAUCAAAGAAUUUGAUCCCCUUGCUAUCUUGGUACAAUUUGUUGACUAUGGAUCAACUGAAAAAUUGCCAACAAGCAGACUACGUCAGAUUCCUCUCCACCUUAUGAAAUAUCCUGCUCGGGCUGUAAAAGUUCUUUUGGCUGGAUUUAAACCUCCAUUAAAAGAUUCAGAAAAGACAAGAAUUCCAUAUUGCCCCAAGUGGAGCAUGGAAGCCAUGUGGGCUAUGAUAGACUGUCUUCAAGGAAAACAGCUUUAUGCUUUUUCUUUGACUCAGUCACCGGAAUAUAUAGUGACUUUAUAUGAAGAUGAACAAUAUCCAGUUCAUAUGUCAUUGAUAGAAAUGGGACUUGCAGAUUUAGAUGAAUGA